AUGGAGGAAAAUUCCAUAGAGGAUUAUCAAUUAAAAAAAAUAAAAGAUAAAUUUGAUAUUUUUGAUAAAAAACAUAUAGAAAAAAUCAGAACAAAAGAUUUGCCUCUUAUUAUGCAAGAACUUGACAUUAAAGUCAAUAGAAAUGAAUUAAAUGAAUUAAAGGAUAUUUUGGAUCAUGAACGUACAGGAUGGAUUGAAUAUGAGCCUUUUAAAGAGAUAAUGAUAUUAAAAAUAAAGGAUAAAGAUCCGAAUUUAAAUAUUAUCAAGGCAUUUUCAUUAUUUGACAAAGAUUCUAAGGGAAAAAUUACCCUUGAAGAUCUUAGGCGUGUAGCCAAUGAUAUAGGAGAAAAUGUAUCUGAUAAAGAAUUAAUGGAAAUGAUUGAUGAAGCGUCUCCCUCUGGAUAUGUAGGUAUUGUUGAGUUUGAAAAUAUUAUGAAAAGAGCUGGAAUUUUUUGA